UUAUUGCGGUCCCCUACCCAGUUUCAUUUCAAACAUCGCUGCCGUUUGUCACAAUCUCGAAAUUCGAAAAGUAAUUAAAGAUGGCUCGUACGAAGCAGACCGCUCGUAAGUCCACCGGAGGGAAGGCUCCUCGGAAGCAGUUGGCCACGAAAGCCGCCCGCAAAAGUGCCCCAGCGACCGGAGGAGUGAAGAAGCCACAUCGGUACCGGCCGGGAACCGUUGCUCUGCGUGAGAUCCGGCGUUAUCAAAAAUCAACCGAACUGCUGAUUCGCAAGCUGCCGUUCCAGCGGUUGGUGCGAGAAAUAGCUCAAGAUUUCAAGACAGAUCUCCGCUUCCAGAGUUCGGCCGUUAUGGCGCUGCAGGAAGCCAGUGAAGCCUAUUUGGUGGGGCUGUUUGAGGAUACCAAUCUAUGUGCCAUCCACGCGAAACGUGUCACCAUCAUGCCGAAAGAUAUACAAUUGGCUCGUCGAAUCCGAGGCGAACUUGUAUUUCAGUUUUCGACUUGUGAAAGUGAUAGGAUGGCCCGUACCAAGCAGACAGCUCGUAAAUCGACCGGCGGAAAAGCUCCACGGAAACAGCUGGCCACGAAAGCCGCCCGAAAGAGCGCUCCCUCGACCGGAGGAGUGAAGAAGCCACAUCGCUACCGGCCGGGAACUGUUGCUCUGCGUGAGAUUCGUCGCUACCAGAAAUCAACCGAACUGCUGAUUCGCAAGUUGCCAUUCCAGCGACUGGUGCGUGAAAUCGCUCAGGACUUCAAGACAGAUCUCCGCUUCCAGAGUGCAGCAGUUGCUGCGUUGCAGGAAGCAAGCGAGGCCUAUCUGGUAGGACUUUUCGAGGACACUAAUCUGUGCGCCAUCCACGCAAAGCGUGUUACAAUCAUGCCGAAGGAUAUCCAGUUGGCUCGACGAAUCCGGGGAGAACGUGCUUAAUUUGUAGUUGCUGCUGUUAAUGCAAAAACGGUCCUUUUCAGGACCACCCAGAUGUAUCCCGAAAGAGUAAUUUUAAAAUUAUUUAGUUUAUAUUUAUUCUAACUACUAAAUCUAACUGUUGUGAUGACUGGAAUUUUUGUCACUAUGCCAAGAUAGGCAUAAGUUGCAAGUGCAAAACACCCUGUUGCGCCGGCUAAUGAUUCAGUAAUAUUUUUGUUUUGUUUUCUACAAUGUGUUUGUUGUGAUAAACUGUUGAAUGUGUAAAAACGAGUGUGUAUCAACAAUAUGAACCAUUAUGAGCCUUGAACACGUGUUAGAUGACGCAUGGCACAAAUGUUGGUCGUUGAUGUGCGAGAAGUUACUAGAAUGAUUUGUGAAAAUCAGUUGACAAGAUUGAGGCAACCGAAGUGUUGAACGCCAUUUUUCAAAAUGAGCUAAAUCGACAUUGAAAGAGUACUGAAGCUGGAGGAAACAAUAAACAAUACAAUAAAUAAUAAAAUUUUAAACAUAAACAUAACUUUGGCCGCGAGUAAUCGGUUACAUAUUACUAACAUAGUUGUAAGACAAAAAUUGUCAAAAUAUUGGACUCCCGGCCCCGUCAGGCUAACACCACAUGUGCCUAAGAAAAUAUAUAUUUUGGGAAAAAAAAACUUUUAUGAAGGUUAGUUUUCACAGUUCCGAAAAAUAAUCGACACGCUACGGCCACACCAUAUACAUACACUCGAUAAAAAAAAUAAUAGGAACACCUUGCAACAUCAACAGAGUUUUUUGAAAAGUUGAAAGUUGGUGAAAAAUCAAUCCAAAUACUACAUGGGCUGAAAAGUCCCGGGAUUUUUAAUGAAAACAAUCGUUUUUUAUUUCUCAAUAUAGGUUUUUUUUUCAACGGAAAUACACUUUGUUUAGCGAGCUUCCAACUGUAGUACGAAACGUUUAAGUCUUCGAAAUAUGCCUCAGUGCCACUCUGCAGACUGCCUAUUGGACUCAGGAGUGUGGUAAUGGAUCCACGUUUACAUCCAUUGUCACAAAACAACGAGGGAAGUUCACUCGAUUACGCCAAAACGGCUGUUGAAUCAUCAACGCGUCAUUUCACGAGUGUUCAAAACGUAGUUUUGUUCUCGAAGGAGCAGAAGUGGAAUAAUAUUUCGUCACUGCAUUGAUUGUUCAGGAGUUUUUUCCAUCAACAAACAAUGUUUGAACAAAAUACAAUAUUCCUCUUCUUACAGUUUCUAUACGAAUGCUCAGGUAGUGACAUUUAAACAAUUGUAGUUUGUGAACAAAUAAACGAAAUGUCAUGAAACUUCACACAUAAGCUAGUGGCAGAUGAACCUAUCGAAACGAAUCUUAUUUAUUUUUUAGUGACGCCAUAUGUUGAAAAAUCCUGGGACCUUUCAGCCCAUGUAGUAGAUGGGAUGUACAUGAUUUGAAAG